GGAGCUCGAGGAUAGGCGGCCUUGGAGUUUCUCCUCGGGGCUGGAGAAGGGAGAGGCAGGGGGCCGGGGGGCGGGGCUCGGAGCCUACGAACUCAGGCACCGGCCCCGCCCUCAGCCUCGGCCCCGCCCUCGACCCCCGGCCCGGCCCCGGCCCGGCCCCGGUCCCGGUGCGCUGCUUCUGCCUUCUCCCCACCCCGGGCAGCGGCCUUGACGCCCCAGGGGCUGCGGAGAUGGAGGCCCGAGGAGGUGUUGGCGGCGGCUCCGCUCCAGCCCCGGAAGCCUCCGGCGACCCAGCGAGGCCCUUCAGGGUUGCCAGUGCUCAGGAGCCCGAGGGAGCCCCGAGCAGCCCGGAGGCUUGUGGGCCCCCCGGAGCUGAUGAGGAGCUUCCGGGGGCCCUGGCAGGGCCCGAGAAAGAGGCCCCCACUCACCUAGGUGUGCAUGAGCUUUCAGGCCAGACCUCCUUGGAGAAAAAGGAUAAUAAAGGAAGCAAGGACGCAGGAAGGGCAGGUAAAAUGCCUGGCACUGGUGACAGCAGCCAAAGAGGGGAACUGGCGGCUCCUGGACCUCGAGAUGAGGAGGAUGUGACGGCUGAGGGUUGGAGAAGCAGGCGAAAGCAUGUGUUCGUGCUGAGUGAGGCUGGGAAGCCCAUCUAUUCCCGCUAUGGCAAUGAGGAGGCCCUGUCUGCCACCAUGGGUGUGAUGAUGGCCCUAGUCUCAUUCAUCCAAAGUGGGGACAAUGCCAUCCGUUCUAUCUACUCAGAUGAUCGAACAUUGGUCUUCUUGCAGCAAGGUCCUCUGGUGCUGGUCGCGGUGUCCAGGACCCCCCAGUCGGCAGCACAGCUCCGUUGUGAACUCCUAGGAGUGCACGCCCAGAUUGUGAGCGUGCUCACGCGGGCUGGCGUGGCUCGAGUGUUUGAGCGCCAGAGGAGCUAUGACUUGCGCAGGCUCCUGGCUGGCUCCGAACGGAUCCUCGACAGCCUGCUAGACGGGGCCGAACGGGAGCCGGGCUUCCUGCUGGGCGCCGUGCGUUGCCUGCCCCUGCCGGCGCCAUUCCGGGACAGCCUGGGUGCCCUCCUGCAGCGGGCCACGGCACCCAGCCUAGCCUUCUCCAUCUUGGCUGCUGGCCGCCACCUGGUCACGGCGGCACAAGAGAGGGCUGUCCUGGAAGACUGCCGCCUUGACCCGGCGGAUCUCCACCUGCUCCUGAACUUGGUGGGAGCAUCUUCGGCCUUCCGGGCCGGGGAGGUCUGGGCUCCCGUCUGCCUGCCUCGCUUCAACCCCGAUGGCUUUUUUUACGCUUAUGUCAGUUACCUAGGUGACAACACUGACUACGCUAUCUGCCUCGUGCUCCUCUCAACUGACCGGGAGGCCUUCCAUGCCCUGGCGGGCUGCAAGCGGAUAGUUGAAGAGGGUCUGCAGGCCCUGGGUGCCUCCCGGGUUCUUGCCAGCGGGGGGGUGGGGCUGCCCUCCUAUGGGGUCAGUGCAGUCGGCACCCCUGACCUACGGCACUUCCUCUACAAGCCUUUUGACGUCCCUGACAACUAUCGACAGCUGCCGCAGUUCACCAGCCCAGAGAUGGAGGGCCCGUAUGCCAGCGAGUGUGAACGCCAGAGGCUCUUCGACCUCUACUAUCACCUGCACGGGCGUCUGCAUUCCCCGUCGAGGCCCCUUCGGCUCAUCUAUCACGUGGCUGAGAAGGAGACCCUGCUUGCUUGGGUGACACCAAAAUUUGAACUUUAUGCCUGCUUUAACCCACUGGUGACAAAAUCAGGUGCCAUCCAUGCUGUUACCAAGCUUCUGCGUUGGGUGAAGAGGGAGGAAGACCGACUCUUCAUCCGAUACCCUCCAAAGUACUCAACUGCCCCUGGCCCAGCCCGCCACGGGCCCAACAGGACUGAUUCUGCCCUGGAGAACGGCCUUUGAGAUUCUGCUAAAGUCCAUGUCCCUCUUUGGAGGGAGACUUAUCCCUUACUGUUCCUCCCUAAAGGCCAAGCAGGAAGCUGUGAGGGCCCAUCUCUGUGUCCAUAAGAGUCAUUGGGGGGGGUGCUUUUUUCCAUGUGUUGGUGACUUUCAGUGUGUGUUGGGGAGGUGGGGAGGCAGAUCUGUGUGGAAGGAUCAAGCCUUUGUGGGUUGCUCUGAGGUCGUGGCUCUGGGAGUAGCUAGGAGAGUCCUUUUGUCCGGCUAUGCUGGGCUUUCCCGGGGAAGGGGGGGGGGCCCUCAUCCAUUGGCACCUCUCCCUUUUGACCGUCCCAAGCUGCAGUUUAUGUGUGAGUCACUGAGAGGCGUCAUCUGUCCCUCUCCUUGGGCUCAGCCAGAAAUAGCUUCCGAGUUCUGAACAGUUCCUCCUGGCCCCUCACUGGGCCCUGCCCAACCUGUCGUCCCCCUUUUUUCACCCCACCUCCACCUGCCUGGCCUUUGACAAGGGGCACUCUUUUGCCACCUUAAGGCUCUGACUUAAAUGAGAGCAGAAAUAAAAGAUUUUUUAAAAAGA